AUGGGUUUUCCAACCUCAAACAACGAAGUAGAGUGCGAGGCGCUGCUAGCUGGCUUGCGGGAGGAAAAGGAGUUGUCAAUCGAGAGGCUAGCCAUCUACUCAAAUUCCCAACUUAUAACAAAUCAAGUGUCAGAGGAGUACAUGGCGAAACACCCAAUCAUGAUUCAGUACCUAGACAAAGUCCAAGAGCUUUUGAAGGUAUUUUCUACCUUCACCAUCCAACAAGUUCCCCAGGCAGAAAAUACACAUGCAGAUGCACUGGCAAGCCUAGGAUCAGGGCUGGACACCUAA